AUGAGUUCAAAUCGACCAUAUACUGAAGAAGAAGAAAGGCGUAUAGACGAACAAUUAAGAAAAAACCUUGGACCUGAGUUCAUCGCUACAAGAUCUGGGCCUUCAGGGAAAUUGACUUACAUAGAGGGUUCAAAGGUCAUCAGCAUAGCCAAUGAGAUUUUUGGCUUCAACGGCUGGACAUCUGAAAUCAAAGAAACAACUAUUGACUAUUUAGAUGUAUCUGCUGAAGGCAGAGUUAACUGUGGUGUUACGGCGAUUGUAAAAGUUACUUUGAGAGACGGUACAUUCCAUGAAGAUAUCGGCUACGGAUCAACUGAAAACGCUAAGACAAAAGGUUCGGCACUUGAAAAGGCGAAGAAGCAAGCAAUUACGGAUGGUGUAAAACGUGCUCUGAAGAAUUUUGGCAAUGCACUAGGGAACUGCCUUUAUGAAAAAGCAUAUGUCAAAAUGAUUAACCAAAUGGGACAACCUCAGAUCAAGUAUACCCCACAAAAUUUAUAUAGGCAUAACCAAUUUGAUACCGUUCAGAGGGAGCUAAAACGUGAAAUCGAGCCAGCACAACAACAGCAACAGCAUAAGCAACAGCAUAAGCAACAGCAACAGCAACAGCAGCAGCAUUUUCUUGAACAAAAAAGACAUGAAAAUCAAAGAGGAAUUCAGAAUGAAAAGCAACAACAACAGUCGGCAGGACCGUCAAAACAUUCGCAGGCAAUCGCAGGCACAUCAAAGUCCAACACUUCAACAGAAACUGCACAAUCUAAUCCUACUGAAACAGCCAGCAAUAUCGUUUUACUUCCUGAAGAGAGUUUUUCUUAUGAAGGUGACGACGAGUUCUUUUACCAGAUGAUACAGUCUACUGAAGCGGAAGAUGCUGGAGAGGAAUAUGUCUUUGACGACAACGCCGAGGUUAUUGAUAUGUUAACCCAUGAAUUGGUCUCGCAAUCAUCUUCCAAGUCUCAACAAUCAACUACAACAACUGAUGCUGGAACCACUAGUAUAAUCGGAACUCGAAGAAAAUUACCAUCUGUGCCUGGAGCUGUACAGGAAAAGGCAAAACGCAGUCGUACUUUGGAAAAAACAAUGAGCAUAUGUAAUGAAAAGACAGUUUGUUUACCUGUGAAGGGUAUGACUUGUCAAUCUUGCGUGCGGGCUAUUACUACCGCUUUAUCAAGCAUCGAUGGUAUUAAAACCAUCAACGUCGAUCUUGAAAACGAGGCAGCAGCUAUUGUCUACGACUCAUUUAUAAUAUCCAUCACUGAUCUUAAAAAUGCAAUUGAGGACUGUGGAUUUGAAGUAAACAUCACAACUGUCACUUUGAGUGUAUUAGGAAUGACUUGUCAAUCUUGUGUCAGAGCUAUCACCAGUGCUCUCUCUUGCAUUGAAGGCGUCAUUUCUGUAGAAAUAGAUUUAGGAGACGAAGAAGCGAUCGUCAGCUAUAAUCCAAACCUUGUCACUACGCCUGAUGUAGUGGAAGCAAUCGAAAGCUGUGGAUUUGAAGUGGUUGCGCCCAAUAACAACAAUAAAAACAUCAGCGUAGCAAAGCCAGGUGAAAUUAUUGAAAGCAAGCCCAUCAUGAGGAGUAGCAGUAGCACAAAUAGUAACACAGCAUUCAAUGAAGCAGGAGUAGAUGAAUUGUUUUCUAAAGAAAAAAUAUUUGACAGCGACAAUGAUGAACAUAAUAGUUUGGCGUCAGUUCAGUUGGAAAUCCACGGAAUGACGUGUGCAUCAUGUGUUAUGAGUAUAGAAAGGAGUCUGCGGUCUAAGAAGGGCGUUGUAACCGUCAAUAUAGCUUUGCUAGCAGAAAGAGGUACUGUCACUUUUGAACCGAACUUGAUUAAUACAGAAGCAAUUGUGAAGACUAUAAAUGAUGCUGGAUUCGAGGCGAUAGCGAUAGAACGUAAACAAGAUGAUUUAAUACAAUUGAAGAUAUAUGGCAUGACUUGCGGUAGUUGUGUAGCAUCGAUUGAAAAUGGAUUGAACAACUUACCUGGGGUUCUGGAAGUGUCAGUAAACCUAUUGUCAGAAACUGCCAAGAUUAAAUACAACUGCGAUAUUACCAGUCCACGAGUCAUCGUUGAAGAAAUAGAAGCAUUAGGCUUCAGCGCCUUGUUGACAAAUACAGUCAAAGAUUCCCAGCUCGAAAGUUUGACAAAGUUACGAGAGAUUCAAGAGUGGAAAUACGCUUUCGUUGAGUGUUUAUUCUUUGCUAUCCCAGUCUUCAUCAUUGCUAUGGUGCUGCCUAUGUUUAGUUGGAGUCAACUGGUCAUGGAGAUACCUUUCUUUUUACCUGGCAUGUAUUUAAUGGAUGCUACACAACUCUUACUCACGUUUCCUGUACAAUUUGGUGUGGGUAAACGCUUUCUACGAUCUGCAUAUGUCUCGCUUUGCCACGGAGCACCUACUAUGGAUGUACUAGUGUCUAUAUCAACAUUGGCUGCUUUUACUUUUUCCGUUGUCUCUAUGAUACGUGGGGUAAUCGCCAAAACUCUGUCACCACCCACUGUGUUCUUUGAUACAUCAACAAUGCUCAUCACCUUUAUUGUGUUGGGCAGAUAUUUGGAAAAUAAGGCCAAGGGCAAGUCGUCUUCAGCUUUAUCAAAACUUAUGUCCUUAACACCAUCAACAGCUUUACUGGUGACAAUUGAUGAAAAGAAUGUAGUCUUGUCUGAGAAAAAGAUUCCUUCAGAGCUUAUAUCCGAAGGAGAUUUACUCAAGCUGCUACCUGGUGAAAAAGUGCCUACUGACGGUGAAGUUAUUGUUGGUUCCACGACUGUCGAUGAAAGCAUGGUUACUGGUGAAGUGGAUGCUGUUCCGAAAAAUGUCGGUUCGAGUGUGAUUGGUGGCACAGUAAAUGGUUUAGGCGCUGUUAUCAUGAGAGCGACACGCGUUGGUGCUGAUACUUGUCUUAGUCAAAUCGUCAAGCUUGUUGAAGAUGCUCAAGUGAACAAAGCACCUAUCCAAGGAUUUGCUGACAAGAUUGCUGGUUAUUUCGUCCCUACAGUCAUCAUGCUUGGCUUAAGUACUUUGGUUUUCUGGUCACUAAUGGUGAACAUAUUAGGUGUUGAUAAUAUGCCUACCGUGUUAAAGAAUGAAAUCAAUAACAACAGUGAUGGAGGUUGGUUUUUCGUCUGUCUGAAACUCUGUAUCAGUGUCAUCAUUGUCGCUUGUCCUUGUGCUUUAGGUUUGGCUACACCUACAGCAGUUAUGGUUGGCACUGGUGUAGGUGCUGAGAAUGGUGUGCUCUUUAAAGGUGGUUCUGUGCUUGAAAACGGCCAAGCUGUCAAUAAGGUUGUCUUCGACAAGACAGGCACUCUCACCACGGGUAAACUGACUUUAGUGGACGCUAAGAGUUGGAAAGAUGAAGAAGGACAUGAUCAUCACCGUCUACAAAUGCUUAUUUUGGCAGCACUUGCUGAAUCUCAUAGUGAGCAUCUUUUGGGGCGUGCCGUUGUUGCUGCUGGCAAGGAACUGACUGGAUUGGAUGUGCUGGACUCAUUAGCUACCAUCGACAACUUCAGAAGCGAAACCGGAUUUGGCAUUUCAUGUGACGUUACAGUGACAGAUUGUAUGCUUACACAGUUACCAGCAAAGGUAAAAAGUUGUUUGGAGCCUCUUCUGAAUACCUCACAUAGUGUUGUUAUUGGUAAUAAGCUUUGGUUGGAAGAUUAUAACGGUAUUGGUUUGCAUGAUGAACAAGAAAGUGAUUAUCAGGAACAGGGAUUCCAGGGUCGUACCUGCAUUCUUAUUGGCAUUGAUGGAGUUUCUUUUGGUUAUAUUUCGUUGUCUGAUAUUGUUAAGCCGGAAGCCAAAGAAGUUAUUGCGACGUUACAUUCGAUGGGCAUUCAAACAGCUAUGGUUACUGGUGAUAAUGAACUAACAGCCAACUGUAUCGCCUCUCAGUUGGGUAUCAAUGAAGUGCAUGCUGGUGUUAGUCCGAACGGUAAAACUCAAAUUGUCAAAACAAUGCAAGAGAUGCACUUCACCAAUUCACGAAAGUCGUUCAGGUCAUGGUUUGGUUGUGGAAUAAGGAGCGAUUAUCUGCCUCUUUAUCAUAACAACAGCAGCAGCAAUAAUUCAAAAUCAAAGAAGACAGUGGUGGCUAUGGUUGGUGAUGGUAUAAACGAUUCUCCGGCGUUAGUUCAGUCUAAUUUAGGUAUAGCACUUUGUAGUGGUACCGAUAUCGCUAUGGAAGCAGCUGACGUGGUUUUGAUGCGCAAUGAUCUAACUGAUGUUGUGACCACUCUUGACCUAUCCAAGGCCAUUUUCCAUCGUAUUCGUAUGAAUCUUUUAUGGGCAUGUAUCUAUAACGCAAUAGGCAUUCCAUUGGCAAUGGGUGUUUUUCUACCUUGGGGUUAUCGACUUCAUCCUAUGAUGGCUGGUAUUGCUAUGGCUUGUAGCUCAACUAGUGUGGUAAUGAGCAGCUUAAUAUUAAAAUGGAGUUGGAAGAAACCGGACAUGAUCGGCCAGAAGGAGUUUUCUCACAAUGUUGACGACAGCCGCAAUUCUAAAGAUGCAGCUGUCAGACUAUCCCUGUUGGUGAAUGAAAUAGAAACGGGUAACCUUGAAGAAGGACUGGAUAUCGAAUUAGAUUACCAGCAGCCUGGCUCUUCUAGCAAUAACAAUAACUCUGAAUAUCAAAGUCUAUUGAACGACUCCUAUGUUUCUUCUGCUAAGAAGGACUCUUCUCUUAUGAAGUCCGUUUUUCACAAAAUCAAGCAAGUAUUUCCUAAGGGUUCAACAAAAAGAAAUUAUAGUCAAUUGUCAGGGCAAGAAAUUUAA